AUGAGGACGUACACAUCACAGCCCAUCGACAUACCACGCGACUUGAACCUCACAGAGCUGCUUCAUACUACGGCUACAUCAAUACCGGAAUCUCAUAUCAUCGCUUCGGAUAGCCUGACGAACCGCAGCAUUACGCUUGGAGAACUUCGCGACCGCGCCGGGAGAAUCGCGAAGGGGCUGAAGGAUGGACUGAAUCCACCGGAUCAGGCUCGUUGGGCGAUUGUACUUCCCAACAGCGUCGAGUUUCUGGAAAUGUUCCAUGCUAUCUUAUGGACUGGGGGUGUUGUGAGCCCGGUUAAUCAUGCACUCAAGUCGUCAGAGAUCGGUCAUGGUUUCGCGGUAUCAAGGCCGCACUUCAUCGUUGCGUAUGGUCCAAUUACGCCGGCGAUUCAGGACGCUGUCGCUGUUGCCGUGAAGGAGCUAUCUACGCUGGGAGUGCAAUGGGAUAGUCCGACAAUACUCUCGAUCAUCAAACCCGCAAGGGGGGUAAAACAUAUCCCUGAUGACUUCAUUGCUUCAUCGCGGCUUGCGAUACCUCACUGGCCAGACACAUCGAGGCGGUUGGCAUCAAUACACCUCUCGUCCGGAACAACCGGAAAACCAAAAGGGGUUGAGCUUACACAUCUCAACUUCGUUUCGAACGUACUUCAACUCGUCGCGCUUGAUGAAAAGCAUCAGAUGUUCAACGUCUCGUCUCGGACAGUGGCCUUCACGCCGUGGGCUCACAUCGCUAUGACGACAAUGCCUCUAUUUCUUGGGCCUUAUACUGGCAUGUUCCAUCACGCAAUGCCGCAGUACAGCAUCGAUAAGUUUGGCCAACUGGUCGGUUCCAACCAAGCGACCUCGUUCCAGGGGGUGCCAAGCGUUGUACUGAGCCUCGCAAACUCGGAUGUAACGGAGCGAUUUGACUUUUCAAAAGCCCAGAUCAUCAACAUCGGUGGUGCUCCGUUGAAACCAGAGCAGAUCGAAAGACUGCUCAGGCGAGCUCCAUGGAAACUCAUCCAGGCGUACGGGAUGACGGAAGCCGCUGGCUAUGUGGCCUACCAAGCCUUUGACGAGAAAGUCCCCGACGGCUCGACUGGAAGGCUGCUGCCUGGCAUUGAGGCAGCGCUCAAGAAGGAAGGAACAACUGAAGAUGCACCGGAAGGUGGCCCCGGAGAGCUGUGGAUCAGAGGACCCAACAUCACUCGCGGCUAUGCAUUUAAUCCAAAAGCCAAUCAAGAAGCAUUCCGCAUGGAAGGUUGGUACAACACAGGAGAUGUAUGCCGUUUCGAUAGGGAGGGAAGACUGUUCAUCGUUGGACGCACAAAAGACUUGAUCAAGUACAAAGGCUUUCAAGUCAGUCCGUCGGAGCUAGAACAGAUCGUCAACUCACAUCCUCUUGUCAAGGAAGCGGGUGUCGGGGCGUUAUGGGAUGAGACCCAGCUGACCGAAGUGCCAACUGCGUGGGUUGCAUUAAAAGACGGAGACAUGAUGAGAAGAGAAGAGAUUCGUCGGAGACUAAGAGAUAUUCAUAAGGUCGUUGAUAACCAGGUAAGUGGCUACAAGAAGCUUAGAGGUGGGGUAUGGGCAGUCGAGAGACUUCCUAGAAAUCCGACAGGCAAGAUUCUGAGAAGGGAUCUGGUCAAAAUGACCGAUGGAGAGUGCUGGCUAAGCGACGUUGAGGACCCAGGCCUCUUAUCUGUAUACCCAGAAAUUUUACCAUCCAGAUUUGAAGAACUGACAUCUCCGGAUCAGGCAUUGCGUAAACUAUCGUUCGGUGCACAGCAUGCCUUGACAAAGGAACCCGGUACAUCGAAAUACGCAAUCUUCCUGUCGCGGGACCCAGAGAAACAGAACACCAUCUACGUCGUCGAGGAGUAUCCGUCCAAGGCCGACUUUGACGCUCACAUGGCACUUCCACACGUCCAGAAGUUGGUAUCAUGGAUGAGCGCAACCAACCCGAGUCCACUUGCUGGUACCCCGAGCACUCACUUUCUAUCCCUUCCAUCCGAUGACUUCUUAUUCUCGCGUGCAAAGGUGUCUGAGCACAAAGAGAAGGACCCCUGGGUUAUCAUUGCUGAGUUAGGCUACCGUCCUGAUGGAUCGGAAACAUCGAUACCAUACUGGCAGGGUGUUGUGAAUGAAGGACGAGAGAACGAGGGAGGAACUCUUGUCUACGGAUUGGCCAGAGAUUCUGAGGAUAGCGAGAAGCUUUGGACUGUUGAAGUCUAUGAGAGCGAGGCAUAUUUGAAAGACGUCCACGUCAAAAGCACGGCAAUCGCGGAGAGCAUCAAGAACACCAAGCACUUACGGACCGGCUUGACGUGGACGUUCCUGAGCUGGAAGGACGGGUUCCUGCACAAAGACAACUAG